UCGCAGGUACUAAUCGCCGCCCAGCCCCGGCUCCUUUCUGCAUUUGCCGCCCCGCUCCCCCCGGAGCCGGCGCAGCCCGAGCGCGGCCGGGAUGCAGGGGGGCCAGCAGCAGCUGCAGCCCCCCACGCUGCCCCCGCACCUCCAGCAGCAGCACCAGCAGCACCACUACUACCGCCGCCAGCAGCACUACAGCACGCUGCCCGCCGCCCGGCGGCCCCUCUCCUGCCCGGAGCCGCUGCCCCGGCCGCUGCCCUGCCGGGAGCCGCCGCCCUGCCCGGCGCCGCUGCCCCGGCCGCUGCCUUGCUGGGAGCCGCCGCCCUGCCCGGACCCCCCUCCGCCACCGCCGCCGUGCCCCCCGCCGUGCCGAGAGCCACCGCCCUGCCCGGAGCCGCUGCCCCGGCCCCUGCCCUGCUUCGAGCCCGCGCCCCACCACCAGCAGCAGCAGGAAAGCAGCGUGCCGUUCGACCGGGUGCGGACCUACGGCCCCGGCUGCCGGCGGGUGAGCACGUCCUGCUCCUCCCGGGCGGCCUCGCCGCUGGAGUGCUCGCACGGUUACCAGCAAGUCAUCUCUGGCUGCGACCCGCCGCAACAGGGCACUCUUCGAAGGAUUAUUAUCGAGAAUGCUGAUCAGGAACAGUUAUCCCCAUUUCUUAGAGGGGCGAAUUUCUGUCCUGGAAAUAAUGUCAUCUAUGAAAAGACAAUAAGAAAAUAUGAGCUAUUAAAUCCCCAACAAGAGAAACAGUAUCAGUUUUCCCGCCAGUGUCAGAGUCCCCAGCAAGCCGACCAGUGCCAUGUUGUCCAGCCCUGCCAGCACGCUGAGCCGGCCCAGGUCUCUCACCAGUGCCAGCAGACACAGACCGGUAGCCCCUGUGAAAUAAUUCCAGUCUCUGUGAGCGAUGACUGCAGAGGAAAUACUGUGAGGAGGGUGACAGUUCAAACCUGUGAACCGGUGAAUUGCUCUCAGGAAAAGAACGACCAGCUGGACUGCCGCUACUUCGGUGAGCUCCUUGCUGAACUGAACCGCAAGACCAGUGACUUGUACAGUUGUUUACUGCAGCAUGUGGAAAAGAUAGGAGGAAGAAACCACGACAUCGAAUUUACAUGUCAGUCUGAAGAUAUUGAAGAUCUAAUUCCCAAAGGACUGUCUGAGGCAACAAAGCAGCAGAUUCGUUAUCUCCUCCAGAUGAGAGUGACGUCAGAUAAAUCUUUGAGACUUGUGCUUUCCACUUUCAAAAAUUUACGUGAAGAACUUUGCCAUCUGCAGGAUGACUUGGGGAAGUUAGAAACUGACUGUGUCUUACUUAAGAAGGAUUUGGCUUUUAAAGCUUCUCAAGUAAAAGAAUAUGAAACUAUGUUGACUUCUCUGAGAGAGAAUAAUCGUCAGCAGCAGCAAGGACUCAGAGAGAGCACUGCAAAAUGUCGCUCUCUGGAAGAACAGCUCCUCUCCCUUCGGCUCACCGAGGGAGAAAAGGACUGUCAGCUGAAGGAACUGGAGUACUGCAAGCGUACCUUGGAGCAAGAGAUCCAGAGCCUCAGGCUGCAGGCCUGCUCUAAUCCAACACUACAGACCACCACAGAUGAACUCUCCAGCCGUUACGUAGAGAUGAUCAAUAACUUGAGAGAGGAUAAAGAUCGCGAGAUCCGCAGCCUUAGGUCUCAGUUAUGCCAAUUCCAGCAAGAUAUAUCGAAGAGAGAAGGAAGUAACAGUGACUUGCAAAUAAGGUUACAUGAACUGAUGUCGAUGCUGGAGGAGAAAGAUGCUCUUAUUAAACAGCAGCAAGAGGACCUCUUCAGAUUGAAGCAUGAGAAAUUAUCAGGCAGCCAGUCCCCUGGUGUAACAGCUAUCAUCACAAAGAAGUACAGGAAUCAGUACCCUAUUCUGGGUCUCCUGUCCGAUGACUACAAGGCUACAUCACCUGUCAAUAAAUCACAAACCAUUGUGAUUGAGAGGACCGGGGAGAUAUGGAAACACGAGUGAAAGAAAUCCCUAAGCCACCAGAGCUGCUCAAAGGAGUUCACCACGACUAAAACUGCUUUACUUUCUGCUAUUUUGCAUCAGAAAAAGGUUCAGUCUGAUAGUGAGAAAGGCUGGGAACACACUAAGGACAUGGAAGCACAAAGAUAAUGGAAAAGAGUGUCUCAUCCUCACUGUGAAGAACUCGGUUACCUGUGUCCACGGUCUGCCACUAACAUCUGCGUACAAACGUUACUUGUACUGCUCACGCGCUCGCUUCUCGCUCGGAGGAGAGCGGCAGGCCAUGCUUCCGUGGGCUUCUGUUUUCCGCCAGGCCUGAAGCAACCUAAGGGACAAAGGAAGACGUGUGACACCUUUUUCUCUUUGUACUGUUAGCCCUAUUCUUCUGUCCACUCACGCUGAGAACGAUACCAAGUUAAGCCCCAGGCACACGGCGCGGCUGGUUUCAGUGCAGACGGAUUCACAGAUGGACGUUUUACCUCCUGCUGCCCAUUGACGGUGAAGUGAACCCCAGAAACAACUUCAAAAAAUACCUCACUGAGAAAGGCUUACCUUGCACCUGCCUAUGCCGGGAAGGUAAAACACGAAGGGAAAUUACUUCACUUACUCCGGAUACACAAAUCCUCAAACUUGGCUACUGAACAGGCAACCGCCAGUUACCUGGUUCAGUAAAACGACGGGGCAAACGCUCAUUUUAAAGAAUGUUGUUGACCUCAGAGUUGAUGUAUUGUCAGGUGAACCUCUAUAAGCCCCCAAACCAGCCGUAAGUAUGUAUUUGCUGUGCUUGAAAAUCAACAUCUUGGUACAUUUUUAUAUAGAAAAACUUAGUAUGAAACUAGAUCAUAGACUAAAUUUCACCAUCAGACCAACCUUCCACUUUCAAUUUUUGCUCCCCGUAGGACCACAGAACUUCUAAGUGAUUUGGUAUUAACCAUUAAGUGGUUGUCUAAGCAACACAGUGCAGGGAAUGAUAGGGGAAAUGUUUAACUAUGCGGUCAGAAGGCACUAGCUCGCUAUCCCGGGUUCUUGCUUCGCUUUGUUUCUGCAGGCACGUAUUUCUAUUCACAAAUAAUAUAUAUCAUCAACACUGUUUAAUGGUGAAAGAACGCUAUAGCCUAUGUGUAACUAUGAAAUAAAUCUAAGUGUAACUUUCUGAAUGACGUC